UCAAAGCAUAAUAGAGAUGUUUAAAGGCACAAAUAACAGUAUAAUGUGUGGUCACCGCAUGCCACCUUUACGAUAUAGCGCAAUUCCCCGCAUUUAUACGACUUGUAAUGUACGCCAAACUUAUUUGCAGUUGCUUUACUGUUUGAUACGAAAAUAAAUACCUUACGACUCACAUCUUAAGAGCUGUUUUUAUAGUAAGGAGUAGAAGGGUAAAUAAAAAUGGUAAAUAUUUUUCCCCUACAAUAGCAAUAACUCCAUAUCAGUUGUACGGCUGACGAGGUAUAAUCGAAAAUUUAAUACGCGGUAUGCGACCGCUUUAUGGCAUUUUCUUUGUUUAUCACUCAAUGUUUAUUACUGAAUACGUGUUAUUCUGGUGGUAUAAAUACCUAUGAAAAAAAUUGUGCCUAAUGUAAUGUUAUAAAUCAAUUUUCGAAUAAGACAUUUUUUACUAAUAUUUCUGUUCUAAAGCUUUCACAGUCGAAAGUCGAAGUUUAACUAGUCGAAAAAUCGACAAAAUUAACUUCGCAGUGAGAUACGUAGAUCUUGAGGAUAGUUUUUACAAAUGGUCAGCUACCAAUGACCACCUUAAACAAUGACCAACACCAAUGACCAACUUAAACAUUUUUGACAAACUUUGAUUAGGUAAAAGUAAUCAAAUAAUAUGUUUACAUUUGAGCUACUGCUACUCUGUAUACCAUCGCCAGGAGUCCCAUACACGUAUUUACCAGAACACGAAACAGUGGUUAACUCCUGGAGUUACAACACGAACAUCGUUACUGACAUAAAACAACUACCCUAUCACGUGUUGAUAGUGUACGGCUCAAAGUAUUGCUCGGGAACUCUGACUGGCAGCAGGACUGUGGUCACUGCGGCGACUUGCUUCGUGAGGAACAAAGGAGAGCCAAUUGUGGUGAAGGCCGGAUCGAAUUCUAUGGUUGGAAGCGGGCAAAUAAUUUCCGUGUUGGAAUACAAAGUUCACGAAUAUUUCCAAAACUUGAGCAAUUUAGACAAUGAUAUUGCACUGCUAAUUCUCAAGGAGCAUGUACUCUUCGAUGGAAAUGUAAUCAAAGCCCAACUUGUGGAAUCAGAGGUUGCUUUACGAGAAAGCACCCCGAUAAAAGUAUCUGGCUGGGGAGGCCCACAUUUGCCGGAAGGGCGUCUCAGUGACAAUGGUGGAGGUGCCACAUUUAAAAAUAUUCUGGUAGGUAUUUUGUCAUGGGGAGCAAAUAGUAAAGACCAAUACAACGUCGCAAUCCUUACAAAUGUGUCCUACUUUGAAAGGUGGAUUAAGCUGAAUACAAUCAGGUUUCUCACAAAGUAUUGUGUGGUGAAAGAAAACUCAAAACUUUUGGGAAUUCAUUCCGAUGAAUACGUGGAAUCUUAAUUCCUUUAUGCAUCGUUUUUUU